AACCAUGUGUCUAUAAUGAUUUAACAACAAGGUACACUGUAAAUACAAAUUUCAAGUGUUUUUCAAGUCAGCAAGUAAUAAUUCAGGAUUUUUUAAUCAUUUUGUUGUAAAAACAGUUUAGUAAGUGGAUGGCCAACAAAUUUGAAAUUAUUGAAGUGCAAUCAAAGUUGUUUAAAUGUGAUGAAAGAGCCACUGUAAACAAGUUUAAAUAGUGUUCAUUAAUUACGCAUUUUAAUAUUAAAAUGCGACAGAGAAGUCUUCCAAGAAGUCUUGGUGGUGGUAGCUUGGAAUCUGAGUACUCGGCUGUGUCAGAAGUUGGUUCUGUGGUAACUGAGGUACACUCGAAUUGUCCACUGGAUAAAGAUGAGCUCGGUCGAUCAACAUGGGGUCUCUUGCACACAAUAGCUGCCUACUACCCUGACAACCCCUCCCAAGAAACCAGGGACGACGUGCGGAUAUUUUUCGAGAAGUUUGCCAAACUCUAUCCUUGUCGAUCAUGUGCUGACCACUUCAGGGAACAGAUAACCUCGUUUCCCCCAAGAGUUUCGAACCAGCAGACGUUAUCACGAUGGCUGUGUGACAUGCACAACUUGGUCAACCAGCGGACUGGCAAACCGAUCUUUGACUGCUCCCGGGUGAACGAGAGGUGGCGUGACGGUUGGCGGGACGGCUCCUGUGAUUAGGCUAGCAAUAGUUUAUAUUAUAUACAUUAGCAACUUUUUACAAAUAUAUGCACAAAUUCCAUUAUUCUA